CCUUUGGCCCUGUCAGUGGCUUGUUGGCCAUGUCCCCGAACACUUGGGUAAUCGAAAUGCCUACACAAAAGGCACGCGCACAUCCGUUUCCACGAAGAAUAUCUCCAUACCGAACGCCAUCCAGGGAUGCCUUCACCAGGGAUCCGCCGGCAAUGGGACCUUCUCCUCCUUUAAAAAACCAUGAUCACCCCGUUUUCGAGGACAUUCGCACCAUAAUGUCCGUGCUGAAGGCUAGUGGCUUGAUGCCGAUAUACGAACAGGUUUCCAGCUACGAAGUGGGUCCUCCUACCAAAACCAACGAGUUCUACUCUUUCUUCGUAAGGGGCGUGGUCCACGCCUUGACCAUCUUUAAUAUCUACAGUCUAUUCACACCGAAUUCGGCACAAUUAUUUUACUCGUACCGGGAGACGGACAAUGUGAACCAGUGGAUUGAGCUGCUGCUCUGCAUCCUAACCUACACCCUUACCGUGUUUGUAUGUGCUCGGAAUACAAAAAACAUGUUACGGAUCAUGAACGAAAUCCUUGAACUGGAUGAGGAGGUUCGUCGGCAGUUUGGAGCCAAUUUGAACCAAGACUUUGGGUUCUCGGUGAAGUUUUUGGUGGGCAUCGCGGCCUCCCAGGCCUACAUUAUUGUGCUGAAAAUAUACGCUGUGCAAGGCGUGAUCACAUCGACCUCUUAUAUACUGCUGGCCUUCUAUGCCAUCCAGAAUGGGCUCACAGCCACGUAUAUAGUAUUCGCUUCAGCUUUGCUCAGGAUAGUGUACAUCCGGUUCCAUUUUAUUAACCAGCUACUAAAUGGAUACACAUAUGGGCCGCAGCAAAAGCGCAAGGGCGGUGGGAGAAGGCGUCAGCGUGACAAUAUUAAUAGUUACCCCAAUCCCAAUUCCAAUCCCGCCAUUAUGGAACAUUUCCCGGAAGACUCACUGUUCAUAUACCGCAUGCACAACAAACUGCUGCGUAUCUACAAGGGCAUCAACGAUUGCUGCAACCUAAUUCUAGUUUCGUUCCUGGGCUAUUCCUUCUACACGGUCACCACCAACUGCUACAAUCUCUUUGUCCAGAUCACCGCGAAGGGCAUGGUGUCCCCCAACAUCCUGCAGUGGUGCCUCGCCUGGCUCUGUCUCCACGUUUCCCUCCUGGCUUUGUUGUCCAGGAGUUGUGGUCUAACCACAAGGGAGGCCAAUGCGACAUCCCAGAUUCUGGCGAGGGUGUAUGCUAAGUGCAGGGAGUAUAAGAAUAUGAUCGAUAAAUUCCUUACGAAGAGCAUCAAGCAGGAGGUACAAUUCACGGCCUACGGAUUUUUUGCCAUAGAUAACUCCACUCUAUUCAAGAUUUUUUCAGCCGUUACCACGUACCUAGUCAUCUUAAUUCAGUUUAAACAGCUUGAAGACUCUAAAGUGGAGGACCCAGUACCAGAACAAACUUAAACAUAAUAAU